UAUAUCAAUGUCAGCUUGGACUUUUCUUUCUUCAACUACACUUCCAAUGAUCAUAACUAUACUUUGUUAUAUGACUGCAAUCCUUUUCCUUUUACACCUCCUGCGAAUUUCGACCCUACUAUGGAAUUUACCUGCCCCAAAGAUGGUGAUCCUGGUUUUGGAUACUUAGUGUUAAGUACAGAUUUGGUUUAUAUGAAUGAUCUGGGGUGCAAGAAUAACAUCACAGUUCCUGUGGCUAUCCAGAGUUCCAUUAAAGAUGUACAAAGUGUUUUAGAUGAAGGUUUUGAAGUUGGGUGGAAUGUAGUGGAUGGAGACAAAUGUGAUAGUUGCAUACAAUCUGGUGGGAGAUGUGGAUACAAUGCAUCUAUAAAUGCAUUUAUGUGCUUCUGUCUUAAUCAGCAAUCUUAUGGUGGGAUUUGUGGGAAAAACUCAGCAAGGUCACCAUUAGCAGCACCAAACCGGGCACUGUUACCACCACAUCCACCAAAAAUUCUAGAGAAGUCUAAUCCUGCUACGAAGAAAUUGAAUUCGAAGACGAUAAUCAUUAUAGGUGUUUGUUCUGCUGUGUUCGUAACACUUGUAGCGUCCAUUGCAUUUUAUUUCUAUCGGCGCCAAAAGAAGAAUAGUUAUGCAAAGUCAUAUGUACAAUCUCAGAGCUUCUCUUCUGAACCAUCUUUAAAAGAUCCUGAGAGGGGAAGUCAAUACUUUGGAGCACACCUCUUUGCAUACAGUGAACUUGAAGAGGCCACAAACCACUUUGAUUCAUCCAGAGAACUAGGAGAAGGGGGUUUUGGGACAGUGUAUUUUGGCAAACUGCGAGAUGGACGUUGUGUUGCAGUGAAGAGGUUGUAUGAGAACAAUUGCAGGAGAGUGGAGCAAUUCAUAAAUGAAGUUCAAAUCCUAACUAGGUUAGUCCACCCAAAUCUUGUAUCACUAUAUGGAUGCACUUCUCGACACAGCCGUGAACUUCUGCUUGUAUAUGAGUACAUUCCUAAUGGAACUGUUGCUGAUAAUCUUCAUGGUGAACAAGCCAAACCUGGAACACUCUCUUGGCAUACUAGAAUGGAUAUUGCCGUAGAGACUGCUAGUGCAUUGAACUAUCUACAUGUUUCUGGCAUCAUCCACAGAGAUGUGAAAACCAAUAAUAUUCUUCUUGACAAUCACUUUCGUGUGAAAGUAGCAGAUUUUGGACUUUCACGUCUUUUUCCAAACGAUCUCAGUCAUGUUUCAACAGCUCCACAAGGGACUCCAGGUUAUGUGGAUCCAGAGUAUCAUGAGUGCUACCAGCUUACUAACAAAAGUGAUGUUUAUAGCUUUGGAGUAGUGUUGAUUGAGUUGAUAUCAUCCUUGCCUGCUGUUGAUAUCACAAGGCAUAGGCAUGAAAUCAAUUUAUCCAACAUGGCCAUUAACAAGAUUCAUAACCAGGCAUUGCAUGAGCUUGUGGAUCCAACUCUUGGGUUUGAAUCAGAUUACAAGGUAAGGAAAAUGAUAAAUGCUGUAGCUGAAUUAGCAUUUCAAUGCUUGCAAAGUUCCAAAGAUGUGAGGCCUUCUAUGGAAGAAGUGUUUAAUACUCUCAAGUAUAUACAAAGUGAUGGAAAAUAUAAAAGCCAACCCGAGGUAAUGGAUAUCUCAAGCUCAACAGAAAAUGUUGUGUUGCUGAAGGAUGACCCACCUCCACCAUCACCAGAUUCAAAUGCUGUGAGCAAGUCUACAACACCAAAUGCUAGUGGAUAAAGGAACCUUCUUUUACGUUUCUACUUGUUAACCUUAUCUAGGUUUACAUACAUAAGUAGAGACAGCAUCAACUGGUAGAAUAUACCCAGUUAAAGUCUGAAUUCUGUCAUCUACUGAUGCGAAUAACCUUUUAAAAUUGAUAUGUUUGUAUAGAUGAUAAAGCUUCCUUAGUUAUGAAAUUUCAUCUUUUAAAUGAUU